AUGAAGGAAUCUGCUAGCGGGCUGAGAAAACUUAUAGAUGAUUUUUCUAAAAAUUUGCGGGCACUGAGUCAAUUGAAUCAACCAGUAUCGGAGUGGGAUACAUUACUUGUUUUUUUGAUUUCUACAAAAUUGGAUAAUAGCACUUUGCGCGAGUGGGAAAAUGUUAAAUCAGAUAUAGAAAAACCUACUUUUAAAGAUAUAAAGGAUUUUUUAAAGUCAAGAGCCGAUAUGCUAGAAAUGAUAGCACAGAAUCAAACAGACAAGCGUAGAAUUUCCAGCUCCAAUACUAGGUCAUUUUUAGUAACAGAUAAUCAGAUUCGUACUCCAGUUUGUGUUUUAUGCGAAGGGAAUCAUUAUAUUCAUAAUUGUCAGCAGUUCCUUAAGCUUUCGAUAGAAGAACGCGAAGGUAAAGCAAAAGCAUUGAAAUUAUGCACUAACUGUCUGAAAAAGGGUCAUUAUAGUAAGGUAUGCCGACGUGGCACAUGUAUUAAAUGUCAUGGGAAACACAAUACAUUAUUGCACAGGGAACGUAGAGCAUGGUCGGCAUCAGAGCAAUCUAAUGAAGUAACGGGAAAAACGCAAAAUCCGACAACAGAUCAGCAACAACAAAAUUCUGUAGUACUGUCUGCGUGUUGUUCUGUUGACCACGUAUUUCUUUCAACGGCAUACGUCCAGGUUUCAGAUAACGACGGUAACUUUCAUAUUGCGCGGGCGUUGUUAGACAGUGGCGCGCAGUCAAGUUUCAUGACUAAAGAUUUAUGCAAGCGAUUAAAGUUAAAAACUCAUAAAGCAAAUAUCACGGUUAAAGGCUUGAAUAAUAUUUCGUCAAAUGUUAAAUUCAAAUGUGAAGUGGGAUUGAAAUCCCUAUGUAACGAUUAUUGUUGUGCUAAGUGGUUUUUUGUUAUCGAUAAAAUAUCCGAAAAUAUGCCAGCAGUAAAUGUUGAUGUUUCAAAGCUAAAUGUGCCUGACCACAUAAAUUUAGCAGACCCAACCUUUUUCAAAUCAAGCAAAAUCGAAAUUUUGAUAGGAGCAGACAUAUUCUGGGAGGUCAUCUGUGCUGGGCAGAUACCUUUAGGCCGAAACAACCCCAUACUGCAAAAAACUCAAUUCGGUUGGAUAGUAUCCGGUCCAAUCGGCGUAAAAUCUAGUUCGGUCUCAUGCAACUUUAUACAAAAUGACAAUGUCGAUACGGAUAUUCAAAAAUGUUUGACUAAGUUUUGGAAAGUGGAAGAAACACCCUUAAAGUUACCAAGGUAG